CACGGGUCGCGCGCCCGCCUCGCGCCUGCGCGCUGGGGGCGCGGCCGCCCGCGAGCCGGGUCGGCGGCCAUGGCGGGGCCGGCGGGGGCGGCGAGCGGUGUGGGAACCGCCUGUCCUGCGUGAAGGAAGAGGAGCAGCCCACUUGAUGAAGGGAAGGAGCCAAACAUCCCAUUAAAUGGAAGCCAUGAAGAUAUCAAAGCGCUUCUUCGCUUUUGGGAUCCUGACGUGCAUAGCUGUUUAUGUUGCGUACAUAAAAUGGCACCUGGGCUCCAAACCACUGGUGGGAGGCACUGAAGGAGCUGCUGAAAGCAGGGCAGAUAAGCUGGCCCAUCAGGCAGUGACCACAGACCUCUCUGUCUUCUAUGGAAUCAUGUUUGACGCAGGAAGCACGGGGACUCGCAUCCAUAUAUUUAAAUUUGCACAGCAGCCAAGAGAGACUCCCAGAUUAACCCAUGAGACGUUCAAAGCACUGAAACCAGGUCUGUCUGCAUAUGCUGAUGAUGUUGAAAAGAGUGGCCAGGGAAUAAAAGAGCUCCUGGAGGUGGCAAAGAAGGAAGUUCCUGUGGAGCUGUGGAAGUUUACUCCUCUGGUCCUGAAAGCCACAGCUGGCCUACGGUUGCUGCCAGGAGAGAAAGCUCAGAAGUUGCUGGAAAAGGUGAAGGAGAUUUUCCAGGCCUCCCCCUUCUUUGUGAGGGACAAUUGCGUGUCUAUUAUGAAUGGAACUGAUGAAGGUAUUUCAGCCUGGAUCACAAUAAACUUUUUAACAGGCCGGCUGGAUGACCCUCAGAGGAGAAGUGUGGGGAUGCUGGAUUUGGGUGGAGGAUCAACACAGAUCACCUUCCUUCCGCGCACCAAGGCAACUCUCCAGACAUCACCAUCUGGCCACACCACUUCCUUUCAGAUGUUUAACCACACCUACAGGCUGUAUUCAUACAGUUACCUGGGACUGGGGCUGAUGUCAGCAAGGCUCGCCAUUCUGGGAGGAGUGGAGGGAAAACCCCUAGGAGAAGGGGAGGAAUUGGUCAGCCCUUGUUUACCACCUGGCUUCAAAUCCGAAUGGCAGCACGCUGAGAUCGUGUACAGAAUUAAAGGACAGAAGGCAGGUGAGCCUCUGUACGAGUCUUGUUCUAAUAAAGUGGCAAAGAUGCUCUACAAGAAGGUGCACAGAGCUGGGGAAGUGAAGGACCUGGACUUUUACAUUUUCUCCUACUACUAUGACUGUGCAGCAGAGGCUGGCCUCAUAGAUAAAGAAAAAGGAGGAAGCUUAACUGCCAGUGACUUUGAAAUUGCAGCUAAAUAUGUUUGUAAGACCAUGGAAAUCAGCCCUGGAAAGAGCCCUUUUCUCUGCAUGGACCUCACGUACAUCACCUUCCUGCUGCAGGAGCUGGGCUUCCCCAAGAGCCAGGGCUUUAAGCUUGCCCGGAAAAUCGACAAUGUUGAAACGAGCUGGGCCUUGGGAGCCACUUUCCAUUACAUUGACUCACUGAACAGACUGCAGUACUAACACUCCUAGAAAGGGACUUUUUGGCAUUUCCAUUUUUUGGAAGCCCAUCAUGGGAAGCCCUACUGAAGGGUGUGCUUUUGGCUUCCAGAGUCCUUUGGAAGAUCACCGUGAACUCCACUCUAUCCUCCCGCCCCUGCCCAUCCCCACCAUCGCCAGCUCUUCUUUACAGUGCAGAGUGUAAAGGAAGAGCCUUGAUUUGGCAGCACGUGCCGUCAGCUUAACGAAAAACUGGAUCAUUUUGGAAGGAAAACCAGGACUCUGCAGCACAUCUAUGAUCUCUAUGAGAAAAACACACCUUUUUGGGACUGUGCCUGUACCAUGUGCUGAAGUUGCUGAACGGUCACUCCAGAAGGAGCUCUUUACCGUCCUGAUUUCAGGGUGCUUUUUUCCUGUUUGUCAGCAGUUUUUGGUGAUGAUUUUUAUUUUAUUGCUCCUGUGUUCGAAGGUAAACUUGUGUGUGUGCAAAAACGGUGCAUUUACACAUUAUGCUGCUGACAGGCAGCGGCUUUGAAGUGCAGCAUGGAAGUCACAGCUCUGUGCUCCAGUUGCUGAAGGAGAAAAGCUCAGGAAGACUCCAGAACUGGAUAUAGGCUUGGAGGCAUGACUUGGAGCCUUUGUGCCCUGUAGGGUCCAAGCCUAACAUUGAUUCCCUGGCUGUUGGGAGGUGGAUGGUGGAAGACAACAUCAGAUUUGCUGGAUGAGCCAGGCCUGGGAGCUGGGUACAAGGAUAUCGAUGGAUUUGACAGUUCUAGAGCUGGUCAGAGGAAGAUGGAAGAACAAGAGGCAGCCACAAAAAUAAACCCUGAGCAUGGCUCACUGGACAUUGCAGACUUUGGUGCCCUGGCGAGGUUGAUGCGGGGCUGGGGAUGAAUGCAUUUGUGUGGUAUUUUGGGUGUCUCUCCCUGCAGACACAUCUGUUCUAAGUGACUGUACUGUGGCUGCAGUGAGCCAGGGCAGGGUGAGGUGCUGCACUCCAGCAGGGCAGGGAGCGAUCGCAGGGGCUGCGGGGGAUAUGCUGUGCUCUUUGUAAUCUGACUGUGGAUUUGUGAUGUAUUUGGUGAAUGUAUAGAGGAGACCCCAGCGGUCUUCUGGGGGUGCAGGGGAGCCCGGCCUGACGGACGGGCUCGGGGCAGCAGCACAUGCCAGGGCAGCGCGCUGUGUGCCACGCUGCUGGCUCAGUGUACCGGGGACACCUGAACCCCGCUGUGCCGACAAUAAACCCCCAAUUUACAAUCAGAA